AGGUUUGAUGAUGGGGGGAGACGCUUAAUCUCAUUUUAUAUGUUGUGGUUGGAAUAUUUAUAAUAUUAAAUUACAUUGUAUGCGUCAAGAAAACGUAAAUGGCGCGUAAAUCCACGUUGGCGAGACGCGGCUCCUUCCUCCCUGUGUUUACGGGACCACCAGGCCACGUUUAAUGACAGCUCGGGCGUUCAGUAGUAACGCUUAACCCCCACCCAUCACGCACGCGCAGCCCAGCCUUCAUAAACAAGCCGCUGCCACUUAGUUGCUCAGUGAAUCCGCGGAUCCCGCAUCAGUGCUGCUGCUCGGAGAGACGAUGGCACUGGCCGACACCGAGCGCGGCGCGGCCCCCUGCGGCGACUCCAGCUCCCUGUUCUCCGAGGUGGUCGAGCUGAACGUCGGCGGGCAGGUUUACGUCACCAGGCACAAAACUCUGGUCGCCGUCCCAGACUCGCUCCUGUGGGACAUGUUCAGCAAGAAGUCGCCCAAGGAGUUGGCGAGAGACAGCAAGGGGCGCUUCUUCCUGGACAGGGACGGCUUCUUGUUCCGCUACAUCCUCGACUACCUCCGGGACCUCAACCUGGUCCUCCCGGACUACUUCCCCGAGAAAAGUCGACUCCAGCGGGAGGCGGACUUCUUCCAGCUGCGGGACCUCGCCAAGCGCCUCAGCCCCCGCAUGAGCAAGGACAAUUCAAUCAGCGAGGAGAUCAGUCAGAGCGACACGGACGAAGGCGCGCCUCAGUGCGGCCCCUCCGGCGCCGCGGACGCUUUACGCACGGCGUCGGUCGGCGGGGCCGUGCGCUCCCCGUCCCUGGACUCCAGGAAGUCGGGCUACAUCACCAUAGGCUACCGCGGCUCCUACACCAUCGGCAGGGACAUCCAAACCGACGCCAAGUUCAGGAGGGUGGCGCGCAUCACGGUGUGCGGGAAGACGUCUCUGGCCAAGGAAGUGUUCGGGGACACGCUGAACGAGAGCCGGGACCCGGACCGGCCCCCGGAGCGCUACACGUCCCGCUACUAUCUCAAGUACAACUUCCUGGAGCAGGCGUUCGACCGGCUGACGGAGGUGGGCUUCCACAUGGUGGCGUGCAGCUCCACGGGCACGUGCGCGUACACCAGCAACGACCCGAACGAGGACAAGAUCUGGACGAGCUACACUGAAUAUGUGUUUUGUCGGGAGUAACUAGCACCGCGUAUAAACCGGCGAUGUAAAUAGACAGUUCUUAACUUUAGCAUUGCGUUAAAUGUUUUAAUUGGGACGAUUGCAAUCAGCAUUAACACGCGAGGUGAGGCUGCUGACCCACGACUGCAUCCACGCACGAGCGACCGUGACAGCGUGUCCAGAGACGAUUAUGCAACUUGGAUGUUCGGCGUCCGAAGGCCCCGGCGCGUGGACGGCGCCAGGAAAACACCGUCAUGUCCAUUUUAUAGACCUGCACGUCAUUGUUUCGCCCGCGUCUGACUCAAGUGAUGCGCGAGCGCAGCAGACGAGCGUCCGUUAGUAUUCAGCGUCACCGUUACUUCUGAGCUCCAAGACCACGUCUCCGGCCAAGUCCGUGUUACGUCAUAGGCUCCGAUGACAUGACUGUCAGUGUAUGUGCUAGAGAUGUGUUUGUUUAACCUGUACAAAUACAAUAAAAUCUUCUACUCUGCUGUUCUCA